AUGACGGAGAGGAGGAGCGUGGGCUACAGCGUCCACAGAGAGGUCCUGGAUGAAGGCGCCGUGGAGGAGAUGGCAGAGAAGAGCGAGGUCAAGAGGACGCUUUCCGUCAAGGUCAAAGAGUCGUUGAGGUGUUCCGGCCCCAGGAUGAAAAGUCUCAUCCUGGGAUUCCUGCCUAUCCUCUCCUGGCUUCCUCGAUACCCGGUCAGGGACAACGCAGUGGGAGACCUGGUGUCAGGCAUCAGCGUGGGCAUCAUGCAGCUUCCUCAGGGUAUGGCCUACGCCCUGCUGGCCGCUGUUCCUCCUGUCUAUGGACUCUACUCAUCUUUCUACCCAGUCCUCGUCUACUUCCUGUUCGGGACCUCCAAGCACAUCUCCGUCGGUACGUACGCGGUGAUGAGCGUGAUGAUCGGCGGCGUGACGGAGCGCCUGGCGCCCGACGCCGACUUCCUGUCGUGGGACAACGUGUCCAACACCAGCGUGGUGGACCUGCUGUCCCGGGACGCCGAGAGGGUCCGGGUGGCGGCCGCCGUCACCUUCAUGUCCGGCCUGUUCCAGAUCCUGCUGGGCUUGGUCCACUUUGGUUUUGUGGUGACCUACCUGUCAGAGCCGCUGGUCCGUGGCUACACCACCGCUGCUGCCAUCCACGUGGUGGUGUCCCAGCUCAAGUACACCUUCGGCAUCUCACCCGCCAGGUUCAGCGGACCUUUCUCCCUCAUAUACACGGUGCUGGAGGUGUGUUACCUGCUUCCACAGACCAACCUGGGGGCCCUGGUGGUCAGCAUUGUUGCCAUUGUCGGCCUCAUGCUGGUCAAGGAGCUCAACAACUACCUGGGCAAGAAGCUUCCCGUGCCCAUACCUGUGGAGCUGAUCGCAAUUGUUGUUGCCACGUUGAUCUCCUGGCAGGUCAACUUGGAGGACAAGUAUGGAGUAGAUGUAGUGGGAUUGAUCCCUUCAGGUCUCCAGCCCCCAGUCCUCCCAACAGCCUCUCUGUUCGGUCAGGUGAUCGGCGACGCCUUCGCUCUGUCCGUGGUCGGCUACGGUAUCGCCAUCUCGCUCGGACGCAUCUUUGCUCUCAAAUACGGCUACAAGGUGGACGCCAACCAGGAACUGAUAGCUCUGGGUCUGAGCAAUUCUGUGGGAGGGAUUUUCCAAUGUUUCGCCAUCAGCUGCUCCAUGUCUCGCACCAUGGUCCAGGAGAGCACAGGUGGAAAGACACAGGUGGCUGGGGCUCUAUCGGCAGUCGUGAUUCUGUUCAUCACUUUGUGGAUUGGAACUCUCUUUGAAGACCUCCCUAAGGCGGUUUUGGCGGCCAUCAUCUACGUGAACCUACAAGGGAUGAUGAAGCAGUUCAAGGACAUCCCAGCGCUGUGGAGGACCAGCCGUGUAGACAUGUGUGUGUGGGUGGCUACCUUCAUCCUGACUGUGUUGUUUAACCCCGACCUGGGCCUGGCCGCCUCCAUCGCCUUCUCUCUGCUCACCGUCAUCUUUAGGACCCAGCUACCAAGCUACUCUCUCCUAGGUCGGGUAGGAGAUACUGACCUCUACAGGCCAGUGGAGGAGUAUAACCAGGUGAAACAGGUUCCAGGCGUGGUGAUUUUCCGCUCCUCUGCUACUCUUUAUUUUGCCAAUGCUGAGAUGUACCAAGACGCUCUGGCAGAAAAGACAGGCCUGGACAUCACCAGCAUCCUGUCGGCCAAGAAGAAGCUGGAGGCCAAGAGGAAGAGACAAGAGAAGAAGGAGGCCAAGAGGGCCAGGAAGGAUGCUAAGAAGGACCGGGAGUUGGUAAUGACAUGACUACGUACCUGUUAUACACACUGGGCAGGAGUACUACUGACCUGUUAUACACACUGGGCAGGCUUACUACUGACCUGUUAUACACACUGGGCAGGA